GUUCAGUGUGACUGUAGUCCGGCUGCAGGCUGAGUUGUAAGGCAGGAGAGAGGCUGGGUGUGUUUUGUCUUGCAUGUAGCCCUCUCUGCAGAGGGCCUGGCUUCACUCACACAAGCCUGGUAACAUCUGGUACAUCGAACUCUAAGAAUCGGCAAGCCCACUGUUGCCCUCUCCUUAAGAGUUCAUUUAGGGAGUCUGUCAGGAAUUUGGGCAGGAGUCCACACUAAGGGAAGCUUACUUCCCAAAGAGUAGUGCUGGGUGGAAAGUGGAGGACUCAUGAGAACCCCUAGUUUAAGACUUUUAGAGAAGCAGUCUGAAGCACUGUGGAGAUGUGGUCCCAUCGCCAUCCUGGAGUAGGGAUAAUUUUGCCCAGGAGCCCCAGCAAUGGGGUCAGAGGAGCAAAACGACGACAGCUCAGGGGCUAAACUGCUACAAUUGCACGAUGAUCCCAUUUGGUAAUACCUGCUCAUCAACUGCUACCUGCUCCUACCCUGAUGGAGUCUGUGCUAUUCAGGUGGCAGAAGUUGUCAUGGGCUCUGUAAGACUGAAAGUAAAGGACCAUAUUUGCCUUCCCGUCUGCCCAACGAGUUCUCAAACUGCUGAGAUCCUGGGUACUGUUGUCGACAUGAAGAUUUCCUGUUGCAAUACAGAUCUUUGCAACGCAGCAGGGCCCACUGGAGGCAGCACCUGGACCAUGGCAAGGGUGCUUCUGUUCAGCCUGGGCUCCGUCCUCCUGCAGAUCUUGCUUGAGGGCUCCUCCAAGGCCCCGCCACCCUUGUCCUUUUAUCCUUAUGUGUAAUCACUCCUCCCUGGAGCCCUCUAGUGAUAAAUUCUGAGUAAUAGAAACUCUGAGGUGGGGGUAGGGUGUGGAACACCUUGUUUCAACUCUAUAGCCCCUGCUGGGUAGGUGCCCCACUCCCCUCUCUAGGGCUUUCAGAUAUGUAGUUCCUGGAAUGCCAUUAUGUUGUGGUUUGCUGCUCUUAGCCCUGGAGGCACGUGGACAGCACGGGGAAGAUACAGAAACCCAAGGCACUGUGCCACCACCUCCAUCCAUACAUAAAAAUCUGGGGUCCUGCAGGGUUCCCACACAUGCCUCUCAACAUCCCCCUAUUUGAGUCCAAUAAACUCUCUGUUCUCCCA